AUGCCACUCCAUACCAUAAUCGAGAUACAAAUGGGCGUCACCGGUGUCGAGGAGAAGAGGUACAAGCUCAUGGAUUGAGAAUCUGAGAUACAGGUAGGCUCAGCACAACAGCAAGUUCCGGAUUGGCUGUUCUAGAUACAACCAUACAGGCAGUAUAUACAUACAGUUAACUCAAUACAGUAACCAGCUAUUCAUCUCUCCUCUCCGGACGGCCUGAAAGUAAAACUAACCCCUCCGGUGUAAACUAUUCGACCGAAAACACCUAUUGGUCACUGUAAAAAAAACAUAUAAUACCGCUAAUAAGGAACUGUAAAAAGAUACUGUACCAGAAGAUGUUACUGCUGGUAAUGAUAAGAAAAAUGCAGGUUCAUCUUGAAAGUAACAAGUCAAAGGAUUGUUCCUUGUCCUCCCUUGGUUUCCCUGUGGCUGAUGUCAGUGAAGGAAAUGCAGGAUCACUGCUCACUUGGACUCUCGGGCCAUCAUGAGACCUGCCCACCGAGCUGUGGACCUCCUGUGCUGUGCUGUUCCCGUAUCCAUGUGAGGACACGAGACGUUUCAGUCUCUUGCUCCAGAAACUCGGUGGCACGGGGCGCAGCAGUGUGCCAAAACCUCCCACGAUUUCAUGCGGCAUCUACGAAGGCUGUAGGGGCCGGACGGACGUAUGCUUGGCUGGCCGGUCGCCACAAGUUGCCAAUAGUUUUUGUGCAGAAAGGUAUGUAGGCAAGCCAUAGUUUAUGUGGCGAGCAAAAGGCGGCAUUUGACGUCGAUGGCACGUCCAUGACAUGUGGGGUAUGCUGGCAUUGAAACGCAGCGCAGACACGAGUUCGUUAAAGAUAACAAAAUCUGCAACUUGUGAGAAGAAACCGAGACGCUCGUUACCCGCUGCCUUCAGAUAUAUAUACAUAUGGUUCAGUCGCUGGUCACCGGACUGCCAUAUGCAUGAUUGCACACUGCACCGUGCGCACCAGCAUCCAGCCAUGUCGCCGUUUGCGCCUCCAUACAACACCAACGUCCUCCUGGCCGCGGUGACCGCGCUCUCGGCGGCGAUCGCCUUCGUCGCCGCGCUCCACCUCUACGCCCGGUGCUUCCUGCAGCGUCGUGCCACCACCGCCGCCGCAUUGAGCAACCCUCACGCGCUCGCGCUGGCGCUGCAGCGGCCGCCGGAC